AUGACAACCACACUAUCUGCUUCAAAUCCUAUCAUCACCUACUCUGAUAACUGGAACUUCAACGAAACUGAUGGAACUAUGGUAACAACUACCGCCGGCUCUACGGCCAAUGUAACAUUUGAUGGUACUUCUAUUCAAGUUUUUGGUACACUCCCAGCGCAAGUUCAAGAUCCAGCUUCCUCCUAUAGCUUGGACGAUGCACCACCUGUUCUGUUUUAUGCUACGAGAUUUGAGGGUGAUGAAGUUGAGAAAUUUUCCUUGUACCAGUCCAACCUUGGUUUGGCGAGAGGAAACCACUCGUUGGUGAUUACCUCCCUCACGGAUGGCCCGGACUUCGUUUUGGACUCGAUGGUUUUUUCAUCAAACUUUAUAGUUCCAUCCACUUCAUUCACCGCUUCAACUGAAAUACCGAGCUCAUCAUCGUCACCACCAUUAUCGUCUGGAGGCAGCGGAUCGGAUGUAGGUGCCGUAGUCGGGGGUAUCGUUGUCGGUGCCUUGAUAUUAGUGGGAGCUCUUGCCGCAUUCUUAGUGGUACGUCGGAGAAGGUGGCAACGGGGAAACCACCUCCGUGCGGUCAUUCAACCCUUUCUUGCUGAGUAUAACGUGUCCUCGUUUUAUCAUGCUCAAAAUAAUGAUACACUCGGACUCGUCGUGACGCGUUUAACUCCUUCUGCACCUAGCAUGGUAAUGACUGUACAUUCGGGUCCUCCUCCAUCAUACCAUACCAAUUUGGCCAGUGGGACAUGA